AUGGUAGAGCUAAUCCGCAUAACCAAAGUGGGUGACCGGUACCACGUCUUCGAGGUCAAGGAUGUCGCCUCCCUGCGACGUGACCACUGUAUAUGCGCUGUCCUGGUUGGCACCACACCGCAGAAUCCAACCCAAAACCUCUUCUCGGGACUGCCGCUGGAGCUACUGCCUGAAGAGGCGAAACUGCUGGUGGACAAAGGUGUCGCCCAUGUCGUGGACGAGGCCGCCUCUCACCUCGCCCACCUGACAUCUAUGGAUCACACCGCCAAACAUGCUUACCUCCAAUCCUUGAGGACUCGGCGGCAAAACUUCUCACGGAUUCUUGACGAAGAAGAUGCUAUCAGGAAGGCGGAGGGUGCGAAGAUGAGAGGAAAACAGAAGUCUAAGCGGGCCCCCGCUCGGUCCGAUAGCCCACCCAUCAUCGAGGAAGUUGAAAUGCCACCGUCUACUCCGCUGGAGCAGAGUGAGAGGGCUUCUGUAUCACCGACCCUAACUGCGAGCCAUGAGGAGUCGUUUUUCUCGUCUCAUCCUCAGCAAAGGAGAGCCAAGGCCACUUCCAGGCCCACUAUGGUGGCAGCAGAUCGUCACCUGACGGAAACUACAAGUGUUGACAUGCUGUCAGACCCCAACGCUUACAGUGUGCCGGUUGAGGCCCCUCGUUCUUACCCCUUGUACAGGCACCUCAAUUCGAGAGGCUACUAUAUUACCCCGGGCAUCCGCUUUGGCGCUGAUUACAGUGUCUACCCCGGUGAUCCCUUCAGGUAUCACGCACACUUCAUGGCCACAAGCUUCGGAUGGGACGAGGAAGUUACUCUGCUGGACCUAGUGAGUGGUGGCCGUUUGGGCACGGGUGUGAAGAAGGGGUUUUUGAUAGGUGGCCAAGCCCCGCUGGAAGAGACCGCAGAAGAUUCUCGGAACGCGAGUGCCGAUCGGGUACGGACGUUCACACUAGAGUGGGCUGCCAUGUAA